AUGUGUACUUUUCUGUGUAAGAUCGGAAUUAUUGGUGGAACUGGCCUGGAUGAUCCGGAUAUCUUAGAAGGAAGAACAGAAAAAUAUGUUGAUACUCCUUAUGGCAAGCCAUCGGAUGCUUUGAUAUUGGGAAAGAUAAAAAAUGUGGACUGUGUGCUGUUGGCACGACAUGGAAGGCAUCAUACAAUUAUGCCAUCAAAUGUCAAUUACCGUGCCAAUAUCUGGGCAUUAAAAGAAGAAAAUUGUUCGCAUUUACUGGUGACUACUGCCUGUGGUUCAUUACGAGAGGAAAUACAGCCUGGUGAUCUUGUGAUAAUUGACCAGUUCAUUGACAGGACAACUAAAAGACAUUGUACUUUAUAUGAUGGGCAGCAUUCCACUCUUUCAGGAGUAUGUCAUAUCCCAAGGGCCGAGCCAUUCUGCACCAAAACCAGAGAGGUUCUUAUUGAGACUGCCAAGAAGCUUGGGCUCCAGUGUCAUUCCAAGGGGACAAUGAUCACAAUCGAAGGCCCACGUUUCAGCUCUCGAGCAGAAAGCUUGAUGUUUCGCAGCUGGGGAGCUGAUGUUAUCAACAUGACCACAGUGCCUGAAGUGAUUCUUGCGAAAGAAGCUGGAAUGAGUUAUGCUAGUAUUGCCAUGGCAACAGAUUAUGACUCCUGGAAGGAACAUGAAGAAGCAGUUUCAGUGGAUAAAGUGUUAAAGACACUGAAAGGGAAUGCAAAUAAGGCUACUAGCAUACUCCUUACUGCUAUACCUGAGAUAGGUUCCAUGGAAUGGACCGACACCCUGCACACCCUGAAAACAACAGUGCAGUGUUCGGUCAUGCUGCCAAAGCAGUAACAACCUGCAUGGACGCUGAAGUUUG